AACAAUGAGGCUUGAUGAUGUCAUGUCUCUGACUCCACCCCCUCUAAUGGAGGAGGAGUUCAGGAGAAACAUCACUGACCGCAGAGCUCAAAACCACCUCCACUCACAGGCAGCGCUCCUUGGACUGGACGUCACACCUUCAGAGGAGCAUCUCCGUCCCUCUGACUGCCAGCAGCAGGUUUACAGUCUCCGUUUAUUCAUAGGGCCAUCGUUGUUAAUUAAACUGUGAUUAACUGAUUAACGAGCGCGAUGAACCCGGCAGUGGAGGUGAUGGCGUUCUUCUUGGGGUUCUCCGGCUGGGUGAUGUCUGGCAUCUCCAUCCCCAACAAGUUCUGGCGGGUCGCGGAGAUGGAGGGCAACGUAAUCACCGCCCACACCGUCUACGAGAACCUGUGGAUGUCCUGCAUGGUGGACUCCACCGGAGUCCACAACUGCCAGGAGUUCCCCUCCAUGCUCGGACUGUCCGGUUACGUUCAGGCCUCCCGAGCGCUCAUGAUCGCGUCCAUCGUGAUGGGAACGUUCGGGCUGAUCGCCACGCUGGUGGGAAUGCAGUGCUCCAAGAUAGGAGGAGAGAACUACAUCCUGAAGGGAAGAAUCGCUGCUCUGGGGGGCGUCUUCUUCAUCCUGCAGGGUCUGUGCACCAUGAUCGCCGUGUCCUGGUACGCUUUCAACAUCACUCAGGAGUUCUUCGACCCCCUCUAUCCUGGAACGAAGUUUGAGAUCGGUGAAGGUCUGUAUAUCGGCUGGUGUUCAGCCACACUGGCUCUGUGCGGGGGUAGCUGUUUACUGUGCUCGUGCGGGAUGACCAGCAAAGAGGACAAACGGCUGUACUCUUACCGAGUUCCUACCAGAGGGACCCCUUACAGCACCUCCGUCACCUCCCAGUCGCCCAACCACUACGGCCGAAAUGCCUACGUGUAAGUUGACGUGGCCGCUGCCAUGACAACGCAGUCCCAUAAACCCAUGCACAUUGUCAUGGAGUUUACUAGAUCAAAAGGACAAACUAUCCCACGUGAGGACGAGGAGACGACAGCUGGACUAAAGCCGGGCAAUACAGACAGAGAUCAUGACAUCUGGACACCAAAAACAGCAGUGAAUAAGAGAUGAUGUCAUAACAAGCCGCCAGCCAAUCAGCUGCUCUGUUACUAUGCAGUUGGGAUAGUGUAGUGGGUCACACCUUUGCCUUCUACACUGUAGACUGGGGUUCAAUCCCCUGCCUGGGUAACCACCCUACACUAUACCAGUAAGAGUCCUUGGGCAAGACUCCUAACACCACCUUCACCUUCCUGUGUAAAUUGAUCAAACUAUAAGUCGCUCUGGAGAAGAGCGUCAGCCAAAUGCCGUAAAUGUAAAUGCACUACGCAGUGACCAGGUUUACAGUGUAAUCAAGUCUUUAUGACGAUAGACGUGCUGAUUAUUCUUGAAUAUCACCAUCAAAUUUAUCACAAUAACAAUGACAUGAUCACAUCGCCCAGCAUGCUGCGGAACCCUCGCUGAAGAGAUCCUGUGCUAGGUAAGGAGAACCGCCAUGUUUCAGCUGUGAAAAAACUGAACAAGAUCACAGAUCCGUUUUGUUCAAAUGAAACUAACGUAUUAAAUAUUAUAAACAUAAUAAAUAAUAAAUAAGACAGGAGGAAAUCUGUACUAAUCAGAGAUCAAUAAGUUAUUAAUUCUAUAUGUAUGAUAUUUUUCUGAUUGGGAGGAAACAAUCCUGAAGAUCGAUGAGCAAAAUUUAUGUAUAUUAAUAAAUAAACUGCUUUUGAAGAGCA